GGCCGGGUGGAGGAAGCGGCUGCAGUUGGAGUCUGGGGAGCGCUGGCGGCGGCGGCGGCUUCUCAGCGAAGCAAGUGUCUGAAGCUGAGAGUCCUCGGCGGCGGCGGCGGCGGUGGCGGCGGCCGGGACCGAGAUACAGACUUAACGCUUGCGAUCUGGAAAAGCAUUUUGUACAAAUUGAAAGAUUGGGCUUUCUCUUCAGUUUUCCAGAUGUAUUGUCUCAUCUGCAUACUUGAAACAUCCACAAUCACAUAAACUCCAGAUGUAACCAUGGAGUUUUGUGACCCAUCAAGAUAUAGGAAAAGUGUUGGCCAAGGUUCGGAACCAGGCAGUUUUCCAUCAGUUCAACAAUUCAUAUAAACUAAUAUAUUCUCUGCUGAUGAUCAGGAAUAAAGAGCCAGAUUAAGUCAUGCACAUUCUGUUGGCAGAUGGACUAUGUGGCUGUUGAAUUUUACUGUAACUGGUUACUCUUGUCAUUCAAAGUCAACUUAAUAUGCAAGUUACGUCCUAAUGGAUGUAAAGACCUGUGUUGAUGUACCCAGAUUCUAGCAAAUGUUGACGCUAAGAAACCUAUUAUGACUAAUCCUUGGGAAGAGAAAGUCUGCAAAAUGGCUCAAACGAGUUUACUGCAGGGGAAGCAGUUUUACUGUAGGGAGUGGGUUUUCCACAAGCUUCAGCAUUGCCUCCAGGAGAAAACUAACUGCUGCAACAGUGCUGUCAACACACCACCCCUUGUAGUGAAUUCUGGGAAUAAUGCUAGUGUUGUCUCUGGAAAAGGAGCUGCCUGGGGUGUGUUAUUGGUAGGAGGGCCUGGCAGUGGCAAGACAGCCUUAUGCACUGAGCUCUUGUGGCCAAGUUCACCUACAAGCUUGCAGAGAGGUUUACAUCGCCAGGCUUUGGCCUUUCAUUUCUGCAAAGCCCAGGACUCUGAUACUUUGUGUGUUGGAGGGUUUAUUAGAGGUCUGGUUGCCCAGAUCUGCCGCAGUGGACUUCUCCAAGGAUAUGAGGACAAGCUAAGGGAUCCAGCAGUUCAAAGCCUCCUACAGCCCGGGGAAUGUGAGAGAAACCCAGCUGAAGCAUUUAAAAGGUGUGUCCUGCUCCCUCUCUUGGGAAUGAAGCCUCCCCAGCAAAGCCUCUAUCUGCUUGUGGAUUCAGUGGAUGAAGGGUGUAAUGUUACGGAAGGUGAACAGACGUCUACCAGCUUAUCUGGGACUGUGGCAGAGCUUUUAGCUGGUCACCACGAGUUCUUUCCACCAUGGCUGUUACUUCUCUGUUCUGCCCGAAAACAGAGCAAAGCUGUUACUAAAAUGUUUACCGGUUUUCGAAAAAUAAGUUUAGAUGACCUUCGGAAGGCAUAUAUCGUUAAGGAUGUUCAGCAGUACAUUCUUCAUCGCUUAGAUCAAGAAGAAGCUUUGCGACAACACCUCACAAAAGAAACUGCAGAGAUGUUAAAUCAACUGCACAUUAAGAGCAGCGGAUGCUUUCUUUAUCUAGAACGAGUUCUCGAUGGAGUUGUAGAAAAUUUUAUUAUGUUAAGAGAGAUUCGUGACAUCCCAGGAACUCUAAAUGGUCUGUAUCUCUGGCUGUGUCAGAGACUUUUUGUAAGAAAACAGUUUGCAAAGGUUCAGCCUAUUUUGAACGUGAUUCUUGCAGCCUGCCGACCUCUGACCAUAACGGAAUUAUAUCACGCAGUGUGGACCAAAAGUAUGUCAUUAAGCUUGGAAGACUUUCAGCGCAAGUUAGAUGUCCUCUCCAAACUUCUUGUUGAUGGACUAGGAGAUACUAAAAUACUGUUUCACUAUAGUUUUGCGGAGUGGCUCCUGGAUGUGAAACACUGCACCCAGAAGUAUUUAUGUAAUGCAGCAGAAGGACACCGAAUGUUGGCUAUGAGUUAUACCUGUCAAGCCAAGAAUUUAACACCAUUGGAAGCACAAGAAUUUGCAUUGCACUUAAUUAAUUCAAACUUACAGUUGGAGACAGCUGAGUUAGCUCUGUGGAUGAUAUGGAACGGUACACCUGUCAGAGACUCCCUGUCCACACUAAUACCCAAGGAGCAAGAAGUGCUACAGCUGUUGGUGAAAGCUGGUGCUCACGUCAACAGUGAAGAUGAUCGCACAUCAUGCAUAGUCCGACAAGCCUUGGAAAGAGAGGAUUCCAUCCGGACAUUACUAGAUAAUGGAGCAUCAGUAAACCAGUGUGAUUCAAAUGGGAGGACAUUACUGGCUAAUGCUGCUUACAGUGGCAACCUUGAUGUGGUGAAUUUACUCGUCUCUAGGGGAGCAGAUUUAGAGAUAGAAGAUGCUCACGGGCACACGCCACUUACCCUAGCUGCUAGACAAGGACAUACCAAGGUGGUUAAUUGUUUGAUUGGUUGUGGAGCAAAUAUUAAUCAUACUGAUCAGGAUGGCUGGACAGCAUUAAGAUCCGCUGCUUGGGGUGGUCAUACUGAGGUCGUUUCUGCACUACUGUAUGCUGGCGUCAAAGUGGAUUGUGCAGAUGCUGAUAGCCGAACAGCUUUGAGAGCAGCAGCCUGGGGAGGACAUGAGGAUAUUGUACUUAACUUGCUACAACAUGGUGCUGAAGUCAACAAAGCUGAUAAUGAAGGUCGAACUGCUUUGAUAGCAGCAGCCUACAUGGGACAUAGAGAGAUUGUGGAACACCUACUGGACCACGGAGCAGAAGUGAAUCACGAGGACGUCGAUGGCAGGACUGCACUCUCUGUGGCUGCACUUUGUGUUCCUGCAAGUAAAGGACAUGCGUCGGUUGUUAGCCUUUUAAUCGAUCGAGGUGCUGAAGUGGAUCAUUGUGAUAAAGAUGGCAUGACUCCACUGCUGGUGGCUGCCUAUGAAGGACACGUCGAUGUGGUUGACUUGCUUCUAGAGGGGGGAGCAGAUGUCGACCACACAGAUAACAAUGGUCGUACACCCUUGUUAGCAGCAGCUUCUAUGGGUCAUGCUUCGGUUGUAAACACACUUCUGUUUUGGGGUGCAGCUGUGGACAGCAUUGACAGUGAAGGGAGGACAGUCCUCAGUAUAGCUUCAGCCCAAGGAAAUGUUGAAGUUGUACGUACUCUACUGGAUAGGGGGUUAGAUGAAAAUCACAGGGAUGAUGCGGGAUGGACACCUUUGCACAUGGCAGCUUUUGAAGGUCACAGAUUAAUAUGUGAAGCACUUAUUGAACAAGGUGCUAGAACAAAUGAAAUAGAUAAUGAUGGGCGGAUACCUUUCAUAUUAGCUUCGCAAGAGGGUCAUUAUGAUUGUGUUCAAGUAUUAUUGGAAAACAAAUCCAACAUUGAUCACAGAGGUUAUGAUGGAAGAAAUGCACUGCGGGUUGCUGCAUUGGAAGGACACAGGGACAUUGUUGAAUUACUUUUUAGCCACGGAGCUGAUGUGAACUACAAAGAUGCUGAUGGCAGGCCUACUCUUUAUAUUUUGGCCUUAGAAAACCAACUUACAAUGGCUGAAUAUUUUUUAGAAAAUGGUGCAAAUGUAGAAGCAAGUGAUGCUGAAGGAAGGACAGCACUUCAUGUUUCCUGCUGGCAAGGCCAUUUGGAAAUGGUGCAGGUUCUGAUCACCUACCAUGCUGACGUCAACGCUGCAGACAAUGAAAAGCGCUCUGCUCUGCAGUCUGCAGCCUGGCAGGGCCACGUAAAAGUGGUGCAGCUUCUGAUCGAGCAUGGCGCCAUGGUGGACCAUACCUGCAAUCAAGGUGCAACUGCGCUCUGCAUUGCGGCCCAGGAAGGGCACAUUGAUGUUGUGCAGGUUUUAUUAGAGCACGGUGCUGAUCCAAACCAUGCUGAUCAAUUUGGACGCACUGCUAUGCGUGUUGCAGCCAAAAAUGGACAUUCUCAGAUAAUUAAAUUAUUAGAAAAAUAUGGUGCAUCCAGUUUGAAUGGCUGUUCUCCAUCCCCUGUCCACACAAUGGAGCAAAAGCCUCUACAGUCAGUGUCUUCAAAAAUGCAGUCAUUAACAAUUAAAUCAAAUAGCUCUGGCAGUACUGGUGGAGGGGACGUGCAGCCUUCGCUGCGCGGGUUACCGAAUGGGCCAGCUCAUGCAUUCAGUUCUCCUUCAGAAUCUCCGGACUCGACAGUUGAUCGGCAGAAGUCGUCAUUGUCAAAUAAUUCCCUGAAAAGCUCAAAAAAUUCAUCUUUGAGAACUACUUCAUCUACAGCAACGGCUCAAACAGUGCCAAUUGACAGCUUUCACAGCUUGUCAUUUACAGAACAAAUUCAGCAGCAUUCGUUGCCGCGCAGUAGAAGUCGACAGUCAAUUGUUUCCCCGUCUUCCACAACACAGUCCUUGGGACAGAGCCAUCAUUCACCGAGCAGUGAGUUUGAGUGGAGUCAAGUAAAGCCCAGUUUGAAGUCAACUAAAACAAAUAAAGGGGGGAAAUCAGAAAAUGCCAACAAAUCUGGGUCAGCUGGGAAAAAAGCUAAACAAAAUAAUUCUUCACAGCCAAAGGUUCUAGAAUAUGAAAUGACUCAGUUUGAUAAAAGAGGACCUACAGCCAAAUCUGGGACUAGUGCACCAUCUAAACAGAUGCCAGCAGAAUCGCAGUGCAAAAUUAUACCUUCAGCUCAGCAAGAAAUCGGUCGAUCGCAACAGCAGUUUCUUAUUCACCAACAAAGUGGGGAACAGAAGAAGAGAAACGGAAUAAUGACAAAUCCAAAUUAUCAUCUUCAGAGCAACCAGGUUUUUCUUGGUAGGGUUUCAGUCCCACGAACAGUACAGGAUAGAGGGCAUCAGGAAGUGCUGGAAGGAUAUCCUUCCUCGGAGACGGAAUUAAGCCUUAAACAAGCCCUGAAGCUUCAGAUUGAGGGUUCUGACCCAAGCUUCAACUAUAAAAAGGAAACACCAUUAUAAAAGUUUCCUAUUCUGUGAAACAGAGGACAUUGUGAUUGGAGUGAUUCUUCAGCUACUGGAUGAAAACAUAAAAUGCCUGUUGAUUUGCUGAAAAAAAAAAAAAAUGAAGAAUGUGAUAUCUGCAGUACAGUUACCUUAAAUACUGUAAUGUGCCUAAAUAGUAAGGCUGCCUUCUCAGUGUAACCCUCUGUACUUAAAAAAUUUCAUUUUGUGUGCUUUGUAUUAACUACCCAAGAGUAAGCACUUUUUUUUUUUUAAAUGGAGAUACAUACUGCGGUUCCUUGAUAAAAGCUGAAAAAGAUCUUGAGUAAAGUAUUUUAAGUUAAGAUUUGAUAAAUGUGCAUGUGCCAUGAUCAAAUAUAUAUGAAAAGGCAGUGUUCUUUGUAUUUAUUUUUUUCUUUCUGUGGCAAACAAAACUUAAGCAUACUGUUUCAGUUGUAUUUGCCUUGUUGUAGUGUAUGGCUUGUUUCCUGUAUCCUUAAAAAUGUCACUCAAUAAAAUAAAUCAUACAACUAUUUUAUGUUCACUACACCUUCAGCACUGGUUAAAAAUGUGUUUCUAUUUAAUGCCACAUCGAGGUGAAAAAAGUUUCAUGAAAGAUUUUUAAAAUGUCUAGUAUUUUAGGGAUCUGCUCUAAGUAGUUUAUAUUUGGAUUUCCCAGUAGAAUCCUCCUAAUCUUCGGCUAAAGGUGUCAAAAAAAAAAAAGAAAAAAGCAAAAGAAAAGAAAAAAGAAAGAAAAGAAAACUCACACACACACAGACUAUAGGCAGAAUAAAGUUCUGCUUCGUUCACUGGGAUGCAGUUUCACCUUCCACUCACUUGUCAUUCCACCUCCAAGAAGACAGAUGAUCAUUCCUGAGGCAUGAAAAUUCUCAGGGACAGAGCCAGGCCUCAGUGGCAUGUGUGUAAAGGGAGAUGCACCUGUCUAUCUGAGGGUAGAUUUUUGAUCCCUGAACAAUUCAUUGACUACCCUUUCUCUCUUCCAUCCAGUUAAAUAAAAUAUCUACCACUGUAAAUUGUGAUGGUAGCUUCUCUCUCAGUUGUUUCUAUUUUGUAAAUCAUUGCAUGACCAAAAUAGCCCCCACUCAAAAUCAAUUGGGUCAAUUUUAGUGAUUAGUUGGAUGAAUAUUCUUGAUGAAUAUAAUACGUGUUUUCCUUCGCUGAUGACACCACUAACCUAUCGGCCAUAGCACAGGUGUAUUUUUUUUUUUAACUGCUAUUUGAUAAAUGGUAGUGAUGGAUUUGCACUUUUCUGUCCACAUACUCUUUCCUGUUUUUCUCUUUGGACAAUCGCUUCCAGAAUGAUGGAUGCCAGGGUUAAGGGUGAAGUCUGUAACCCAGGAAAACAAAGUUGACCGCUCACAUGAGCAUGUGACCCAGAGCUUUAGCCUCCUGGGUGGACUCUAAACCAGUUGAGCUAGCUUAGUGGGUUGUGUGCAUGUCUGGAAAGAUUAAAAUUUAUUGUUUAGAAACCAAGGUUGUAGGUUUGAUCUUUGAAAAAGCCCUGGGAUCUUACAAAAAAACCCAGAAAUUCUGUUCUUUCUAUGUGCAUAAGGAGGAAUAAGGGAAGAGAAUUUGGAGAUUCAGCACAAAACCAUUGCUACUACUGGAAAAAAUCUUUAGAAAAUGUCUUAGUAACUGAGGUCAGUAAUGUCAUCUUCAUAUAUGAAGGACAUAUACAUGAUACAUUGUUCACAGAAAUAGAAAUGUAUAAUUGGUUGUGAUAAAUGUUUCACUUGAUCUUCCUAUAAGGCUUUUAUUUUUGCUUCUGUUUUUUAAAGUCAGCAAAACUUAUGUGUUUAUGUCAUCAGUAAGUCAUAAUCAAGAAUAGGAGAUAAGUUGAUAAGUUCAGUUAAUAUUAAGGUGACAUGGCAAUAUUGAUAACUCGAAUGUGAAUGUUUCAAGUAUUGAAUUUUUGUCCCUAUGGGACAUUUAUUAAAUACGCUUAAUAGGACUCUUGCAAAGUAGCCUUAAAAGUGUUAAUGAUUCUGUUAAUAAAUAUGAACACAUUCUAUUAUUAUAACCAACUUUACUCAUAUCUCAAAUACAGUACAUUUAUGUAAUUUUAGAAGAUGAAGCUCCAAUUUCUUAUUAGGUGUAUUUUUCUUUAGAAAGAGAACCCUGAAAGCUGCCAGUUUUUCUAGUAAACCUUGAAUUAUUGGAAUUAUAUUUAUUUAAUUUUAUUGUUUUUACAAAAAUGCACCUUGUGGCCAAAGGGCAAAGUUAUGACUCAUUACAUAAGGGAUUUAUGUUUUCUGAAGAGCUAAAUGUUUUCAUAUCCAUACUAUAUACACUUGAAACAGUUGGUAGGAAGAGAACCCGUUGGAAAAAUAUGAUUUUCAAAAGUAAAUAUUCCUCUGGAUGUUUUUAUAUUAAUUAAGCUUUGGAAUAGAACAGCAAUGGCUUUCAGUUAGAAUAUGGAUGAAAAGGGGGCUGAAGAUGCCCUGCUUUGCUUAUUUGUUUCUGUGGGGAUUUAUUUAAUACGAUGACCGACAAUAGCUUCUGCUUCACUAAGAGAGUAAAAAUAGUCCCACAAAUAUAAAACUCCUAAAGAGCUAUUUUUUAAAUAAAAAUGUUUAAAUUUUGUAAAUCACUUGAUGCCACAACACAACCAUGCCGCCAUGUGCUUGUAACAGUUUUAUACCAUUCCUUGUGUGCUUCCCUAACAGCCAUGAGUUGAUAAUAAAGGAAGUGAUAAAAAAUACAGCAAUGAAAAAUAAAAUCUCCAUGUUUGUAGGAAAGGUUUUGGAAGGAAAAUUGACCAGAACUCAGUAUGUCCUGCAAAGUACAGCCAGUUAUAUCAUGUCCUUCACCCUCAUCCCCAUGCCUACUGGGAUCCUCACCAAUAAUAGUUCACUGAUUAAAAAAACAGGAGUAAGUACUUUUUCCAAUGUUGUUUGCCUAUGCAAAUGUUUGUUUUACUUUAAUGUCCUCCACUUACACUUCUCAGCAAAUGUAGUUUCAGACAAAUGCUUUUUCUUUUUUCAUUUUUCCCUUGGUUUGGGGUAUGUAAAUAGCCUAAAAUGUACAUUGAAUUUCACAUUGUAAAAGUUUUAUUUUAUUCCUUGUAUUAUAUUAAGCAAAAAUCCCUAUGUAUAUGAAAGUGCAUAAUAAAUAUAUUUGCUUUACA